AACAUGAAAUAAAAUCUGUGAACCUCGACAUCAGUGGUUUUAAAGUUUCAACCGCAUAACGUCUGACAGACCCAUUAGGGUUCUAUGGAUUUGCAGAACUGAUGCAAAUGCAAACAAAGACACUGCGCUCUGCUGCAGCUGAACGCACAAAGCCUGAGUGAAACGGUUUAUUUUAACGUAUGGAGACGCAGUGCCGCAGGCAGCGUGAGCCCAGUAAUCCGUGCUUCGGGUCGGUCACUGCUUCAGCCAUCAGCCGUAUAACCGUGUUGCUUUAAACCUCACGCGGUCAAAGUUGUUUACCUCUUCGUUACCUCUGACGUAAAGACACACCCCUGUUUGACGGGGCGGGACUUCACAAUACGAGCACCAAAGCCGACCAAUUAGAUGGGAGCUUGACAACAAACGGCACCAACCAAGCAACAGGACUCACGCCGCGCAGGGCUACGAUUGGCUAUCGUAGGCGCUGAGGGGGGAAAUCCCUUUUUCCCCAGUAGAGAGCCAAAGGAGGAGGGGCGGUGCAUAACAAAAAGUAAUGGCCAUCUAUUUGGGUCCCGAAGAAGGAGGAUUAGCCUAUUUCUUGUCGGGCUGCUGGAGGUGCGCUUUAGUUUUCUGUGCAUAUGCCCGUUAGCUGCCCGUUCGCUGUGUUUUUCCGUUGGGAGUUAGCAACUCGCGCGCAGAGAACGGCUAAUUACCCGGCCGAAGUCUCAGCCGCGUUGAGGGUUAAAGCAGGCAGCUAACGCUAGCUACUACAACCCACCCCGUGUGUGUAUGUGUGUGUGUGCGUGUGUGCGUGUGUGUAUGCCAGCGUCUGGAAGGGCGUACGAGUUUGACGUUUUCUCCCUGAAGUCUUUCUUACCUUUCGUGAAGUAUUUCCUACGUAUUCUGGUCUUUUUAUUUUUGUAAGCUGCACAAUAUGAAGGGGUGCACGCAUUGCAAAAGCACGAAGACGACGAAAGACAACUAAGGAGGAUUAAAAAGCUGCUCCUUCAUGGAGAAAAGUUGAGCUUGAGGAUUAACAACCUGGGAAAACCGAAGAGAGGUUUCGAGUCUUACAAACUGCAAGGACAUGUUGAAACCCCAGUGAUGGAGCCUACUGUUGUUAGUACGUCCACCAUUUCCCCCGAUGAGUUCGAUAGGAAUGUGCCACGGAUCUGCGGAGUGUGCGGUGACAAAGCCACUGGCUUCCACUUCAACGCCAUGACCUGUGAAGGAUGCAAAGGCUUUUUCAGGCGCAGCAUGAAACGCAAGGCCUCCUUCACAUGUCCCUUUAAUGGCAGUUGCACCAUCACCAAGGACAACAGGCGUCACUGCCAGGCAUGCCGGCUCAAACGAUGUGUGGACAUUGGCAUGAUGAAAGAGUUCAUUCUGACAGAUGAGGAAGUGCAGAGAAAGAAAGACCUGAUCCAGCGAAGGAAGGAGGAGGAGGCGCAACGUGAAGCUGAAAAGGAAGCAAGGAGACCGAGACUCUCCGAUGAACAGAGUCACGUCAUUGCCACACUGGUGGAGGCACACCACAAAACAUACGAUGACUCCUACUCUGAUUUCUGCCGCUUUCGGCCGCCUGUGCGUGAGGGCCCAGUGACGCGAAGCGCGAGCAGAGCUGCCUCCCUCCACUCCUUCUCUGAUGCCUCCUCUGACUCCUUCAGUCACUCUCCAGAGUCCGUUGACAAUAAAAUGAACUUCAAUAACCUGCUGAUGAUGUAUCAGGAACAUGGCAGCAGCCUGGACUCCAGUGAGGAGGAGGGCUCCAGUUUCUCGAUGCUUCCCCACCUGGCUGACCUGGUCUCUUACAGCAUACAGAAAGUGAUUGGGUUUGCCAAGAUGAUUCCGGGUUUCAGGGAGUUAACUGCAGAGGACCAGAUUGCUCUGCUCAAGUCCAGUGCUAUCGAGGUGAUCAUGCUGCGGUCGAAUCAGAGCUUCAAUCUGGAAGACAUGUCCUGGAGCUGCGGUGGGCCUGACUUUAAAUACCAGAUCAGUGAUGUCACCAAAGCGGGUCACAGCCUCGAGCUGUUGGAGCCUCUGGUGAAGUUCCAGGUGGGUCUGAAGAAGCUGAACCUACAUGAAGAGGAACAUGUACUUCUGAUGGCCAUCUGCUUGCUUUCUCCAGACCGUCCAGGUGUGCAGGACCACUCAAGAAUCGAAGCCCUCCAAGACAAGCUGUCGGAGACCCUGCAGGCCUACAUCCGGCUCCACCACCCAGGUGGACAGCUGCUGUAUGCCAAGAUGAUCCAGAAGCUGGCCGACCUGCGCAGCCUCAACGAAGAGCACUCCAAACAGUACCGCUCACUGUCCUUCCAGCCGGAGCACAGCAUGCAGCUUACCCCGUUGGUGCUGGAAGUGUUCGGCAGCGAAGUCUCCUAGAGUCCACCGCUGAAAAUUUAGCGUUGGGGUAAAAAUGGAGGAAGAGAGCUGAGAAUGUGUUGGAUGGACUUAAAGCUGAUGUGGAAAAUGGAGCAAGUGGAGCAGAGAAAGUGUAGUGUGUAUGUGUUAGUGUGUCUUCAUGUCUGUAAUGUCUGAAGAAGUGCGUCUUGGUGCAAAGGCCAAGCUUGUGUGGAGAGCAAGCAGAUGUUUAAUAACAGUAAACAAGGGAAUGUCAAGUAGUACAAACUAAGCUAUCCAUAGGACAUUUGCCUAUAUAUCUAUAUACAUGUUUUUCUACUUAUUUAAUUCAAACAGCUGCUUUACAAUGCCUGGACAUUUGUGUGUGCAUGUGUUACGUGCACACACUUUUCACAACAAGCGUCCUCAGUUAUACAUUUAGUCAUUCAGUUCAGCUACCUCUUCGUUUUACCGGGUUGUUUUAUAACUACAUCACCUCUGUGAAAGAGUCACUUUUACACAGAACAGUUUGGAUACGCAACAUUUUUAGUUCACCAGUGCAAGAGCAGUGUCUGCACACAACGUUUGAGUCUUUGAUCAUAUGGGAAUUUUUAUUUUUUUUUCUGCUUCUCUCCAAGGCAAGUUUUGAAUAUGACGGUGUACAAUUUACACACAUGCAUUUCAACCUUUCACCAAAGGUAUAGUCGAAUAAUCUAGAAACAGCUUCCAUUACCUGUAAAAAGUGCUGCUCCAUGGUUUGCUUUCCUCAUGUAGUCACUCUGCAAGUAGAAUAUAAUGAAGGAAAAUAUCAUUUUACAGAUUUAUACUGGAGAAUCCAGAGCAUAGUCUAUAAUUUAGUGAGGUUUUUAUAGGAGCUUAUGACUUUAAUAAGCCAUAAGCUCCUAUGGCUUUAAUAAGGUGGCUGGGUUUGAGGUGAGAAUUAGCCACUAAAUGUAUUAGCUGCUUUUACACUGCUAAUUAUUUUUCAAACCAAGACCUCCUAAUGGCUUGUACCUCCUCUAAGUAUCUUUGAUCAAUCUUUGGUUUGAUUGUUUGUUUCUAUGUUUAUAAAUAUUGCUAUCUUAUAUAUUCUAAGCACUGUUAAGCCACCCUCUGCAUCCAGUAUAUUAUCACAGAUGUUUAAAGGGCUAACAUGCCAAACCUAACUGGAACAGUAAGCGGAGGCCAAAGCAAGGGGGCUUGUCUUCUUGUUUAUAUAAAGCUGCAUACUAUACUUGGACUUGGCAUAAAUAUGGAUAUAAUUGCAAUAGUUUUUUUUAAAUAUUAGGUAUUGUUCGUUUUGUGUUGUUUCACCUAUAAAAAUCAAUUCCAUGAAUUGUUCCUAUCCAGUAUACGGUGAGCUCAGAGAGUGGAGAGCUUGGGAAGCUACUUUGGACCUCCACAAAUAUCACACCCCUUUCGUUUCUGACUGGGAAGUGGAUUUUCUAGAAUGUCUGAGAGCCUGGUAGCACCUCCACAACUACCAGGCCCUCCUGUUUGAUGUUGUAUGCUGCGCAGCCCUCUAGUGGCUGCAUCCUGUAAAUACCAGGUGUAUGUGUGUGUGUGUGUAUAUAUAUAUAUAUAUAUAUAUAUAUAUAAUGUCUGCCGCUGUACAUAUGGCUACAAGAAUCCUGAAAACCUUUUUCCUUUUUUCGCCCCAGAAAACAAUAUGCAAACGCAGUUUGUCUCUGAUUUAUUAACACUUUGUUUUGAAGCACUCUGUUCUGUGUUCUUACUUUGGGUAUAUUCUUUAGUAGGAAAGAUCAAGAAAUUACUAAAACAUGGAUCAUUUGUGGGUUGGACUGAUUAUCAUUUGUUUAGAUGUCACUUUCUAAUGUUCAUUUUCACUAAGAGUAUAAGCUGCUUUCACAUAUAAGCCAUAUAAAUUGCCAAGUUAGUUACACCUGCUAUAUUAAAGUACAUCAGACUGAUGAAUGUAGAGGCUUGGGAAUUAUGUCUUUAGCUAAAAUGAUAUUUAAAUAUGACUUCAGGAACAUAAGCUAGUAUAUUUAUAGGAACCUGUCUCCUCUCUACUGUCAGUCAUCUUUGGCUAAUGCUUCGUCAGACAGUAUCUAACUGCAUAUAAACCAAACUGGCAGGAAACUUUAAGCAUUUAAGAAUUGGGGCUAGUGUUGAGAGACUUAGGUGUGACCAUGAAAGAUGUCAAGUCCUUUGUGUUGAAGUAAUUCUCCAAAUAAGUAUUUUUCCCACCUCCUGACAAGUGCAGUUGAUUUGACCACAGACAACUUUGUUAAAAAAAGGAAAAAUGUCUUUUUUUGUCAAUUAUUUCAUGGUCAGAGUAGACCAGUUAAAGUACCACCCCAUGUCCAACAUACAGGGCCUUGGAAAAGUGCCCACACUCCUUGAACUCGUUCAGAUUUUGUCACAUUACAAACACAAACUUCAACUUAUUUGAUUGGGAUUUUACGGGACAGACCAACACAAAGUAAUACAUAUUUGUGAAGUGAAAGUAUAUACAUGCAUGGUUUUUGGAAAGAAAUGUCUGUAUUGAGCCCCAUUUACUUUGAUGCCCUGCAACAAAAUCCAGUGCUCCUUGCAUGUGUAUGGUGAAAAAAAGCAUUACCUCAGCAUGAUGCUGCCACCACCAUUUUUAUUAAGAUGGUGUGUUCAGGGUGUAAGUUGUCCACCACACAUAGUGUUUGUAUGCAUAUCAAAAAGUUACAUUUUGGCCUCAUGUCUCAAGAGCACUUUUUUUUAUUUUUGGCUGUCUACUUUCUUUCCACUUCACUUCAAUUGCACAAUAUGUUAUGUUGAAUGCAUUGAAAUUUGAAAUUGUAAUGUGACAACAUUUAAAAAAAAAACAAAAAAACAUAAGGGGUAUGAAGACUUUUUUUUAAAGCACUGUAGUUUCCUUUGUCUUGUUAGUUAAAUGUAACUAUGUAAGGAAAAUGGAGAGCACACAGUUUAUUUUGGGCCGCCUCCAUGAAACGGCACCUAAAAAGCUGUUGCUUGGAUCAAUUCAGCCCAGUUUUUAACCCAACACAUUUAUAAAGACUGUUCUACGUCACUCUGAAUUUGUUUUAACUCGUCGGUCACUGUGACGGUCGGCAGGCUGACAGUCAGGGCUCCACUUUGAAGCAACUUUCAUAGCACAAAAAGUUAAAAUCACCCUUUGACAUUCCCUUACUGACAAAAAAUGGUUUCACUUUUAUCUUGUGUUUAAUUUGCCGUGCCCUACAAACGAACCUGCUGUGAGUUGAAGCUCGAUUAUGUUUAGGCAGUACCACUUGUGUGUGUGUAGUGUGUCAGUCUGAUUAGGGGUGGUAUGAUGUGCUUGGUUACUGAACACUGGCUUUUGAAGAUUUGAAGGUCUCCGUGUUCAUUGGGUUUUUUUUUCUAAACACAUAUGUUUUGUAUGUUGAUGUAGGUUUGAUUUGGUUCUGUUUCUUAUUUUGUUUUGAGAUGCAGUGUUGAUUUGUGUAUGUCUGGUAGCGUGGGAGGAUCGAUGAAUGUGUAAGUGCCACAGGGAGAGGUCCCUCCACACCAGAACAGGGUAACAGGAGUUGCACUUGUGGAUUUGAUAACUGAACAGGAAGGCUCACAAAGAUGUAUUAUAGCCACUUUUGUACUCAGAACCACAUGGCAUCGGGGAGGGGGGGGGGGAUCCCUGUUUGGGCCAUUAAAGAUUGGAUUAGAUAUUAUUUUCUCCUACUUUGUUUCUUUCUCUUAUUUAAUUUACCCCAAAAGUCACACAAAGACAGUAAGUCUGAAUAUUGGGCAUCGUCAGAGUUUCCUGUUUGUUUUUUUUUGUUUUUUUAUCUUGAUUAGGCUGCUCAGACUUUAUAGAUUUACUUUUUAAGAACAGCAACAUAACACAGUAACAAUGCCUGUAACAUACCUACAUCAAGGUACACUAUCACCAGCAAGCUUUACGGUUUUUCUCUUGUGCUUAAGAUGGGUUUUUUGUUGUUUUUUUUCUAGUUGUCAUUACAAAUCCUGUCUGGAAAAACAAACCAUGGGCAAACGUAUAUAAACACACUGAACUGUCGGCCAUCUUCCACACCAAGGAUUUAAAGUGUUUUUAUCCCUUCAGAACAGGCAUUUUAAUGGAAUCAACAUAAAUGUAGUUCUUACAAAAAGGAGCGUCCACAGUGGAUGUAUAUUAUAAUCUACCUAAAAGAAAAACCUACCUCUGUUUAGCUCAUAUGUUGCUUUAGCAUUAAGAAUUUAAGAAUUUGCCUCUGUUUUUACUUUUUUUUUUAUAUUUGUAUUCAAGUGGAUAUUUAUUGCUGUCUAAUGAGUCAUACAUCAAUGAUUACCUCAGAGAUAUCUCAAACAUUUGGGAGAGUCCAGCUAAUGAAGUCAUUCAUAGUUUUUGCCAUUUUGGAGUUUCUAUUUCCUCUGAAUUAGCAAUGCCUUUUUUCCCUUUUUAACGCAGAAGAUACCAGGAGUGUUUUUUUUUUUUUUUUUUUACCAGUGCCUGUACUCGGACCAUCUGUACUCUGGCUAGAAUGAGGCUGUAUUUGCUUGGAUUGCAGCAUUUUUAUCUGCAUUGUUGUUUCUUUGAACUGUUUCUAUAACAAUAGUAGCCGAUAGGAUGUCAUUAAUCUUGCUGCCAUUAUGCUGAUACUUGCAGAGUGUUCUCGUAGUUUUUAAAAGGCAAGCUAAAGAGAAAUCUCCAGAGUUUAUGCACCUUUAAAAAAACAACCUGAUGGACUUUGCAACAGAUUGAGAGUUUACUCUGGCUUGAGCUCUGUAAUACAUGUCUGUUUUUUUUUUAGUCCUCUCCUCCAUCCUCUUUACCAAUCCUGUUGCAAAGUCUCUUUAUAAUUUUCCACCAAUGGGAAUAAGAAGAGUUGAAAUCCUCAAUAUCCAUGCAAUGCUGCUUUUUUUUUUAAACAGGCGCCAAAAUGUUGCGUGCAACUGAUACUAUACAUUACAUCGUCCAAAGUAUAAUUUCGCAGCGGAGGGGGCAUACCUCUUUAGAUGAUUCACGUUUGAACAUGUGCAACUUACUGGUGCUUCCUGGGGGGAAAAAAAAAAAAUCCAUUCACAUAAUUACAUCAUAAUAACACUGAAUGAAACUGGGGUGUUUAUUUUAUUGAUUAGUGAAGAGAUGAACAGUGUUGCUGUGGUCACAUCGGCCCUGACCUCUGUGGCAUAACAUGUCCUUUCACUGCACAGGGGGGAGGGAGUUAACAGGGCUGGCUUCACAUAUUCCUCUACGAAAUUUUAUCAGGAAGGUUGUCCAACUACAUGAUUAACUUAUUUAGUUUUCUCUCAAGUUUAAUCACAUUUUUAAGAAAUAAUUUAAAUUUUGGCAUGAACUCUUACCCUGAUUUCUGUCUAAAUCAUAGAUGAACCUAUGAAAGCACUUAUUUUUGUGUUUUUUGACAUGUAGACUGAUAAAACUACUAGCCAUAACUGCCUGUGUUGGUCAGCAUGUUAUGGCUCCAUUCAUCAAGACAAUUAAGUCUCCUAAAUUGCAAUGUAAUUUCAGAAUAUCUUUAUUUCUUUAUUUCUUUUUCUAUUAUAAAUUGAUGUUAAUGUAAUGUUAUUUUGUCUGUUUUGCAAAUCAAAAAUAAACAAUUGUAAAUAGCA